GUCUAGUUAGCGUGAUAUCAACAGUCACCACGUCCUCCCCUGUGUAAUGUGCGAGAUACAAGCGAGGGAUACUCAAGAUAUCAACACUGACAUUUGGCCCACUGUGUUCUAUAUAAUCAUUACAUGAUAUGACAUAGGGGCUAUUGUGAAAGUCUGUGUAAGCUCAUGUAAGGAGACGGCACAGUGGUAGAUCGUUGGGUGAUGUCGAAGCUACCAUUUCGUCAUGUCGAAUGACGGGACGUCUGCUGCCGGGCCGGGCGCCCGCCAUCUUGCUCGUGAAAGUCACCUGAUGAGGAGCAUCGUUAGGAACAUGGUGUCCAACAUGGAGGGCGUGCUGAACGAUUUGCAAGGCAUCAUGGGAGACAUUCAAUCGCUGGUGGUGCAGAUUGAUAGCGUGACGGAGAAGAUUGACAAGCAGUGCGGAACAGAGAGAAACGAGCAGACGUCUCCCCACCGAGUGCAGAAACCUCGGUGUCUUCACGGCUCUCCAGCCUUGGUGGCCAGCACUAACGAGUGCAAAGGAUCGCAAGUUGCAGCUAAACCAUCCAGACAACCAGGAUGUCACCAACAAGUGAACUCUUUAAAUGAUCCUUCCAUUGUGGACCAUCUCAUCAAGGGAGUCAACCACGUGUGCUUAGCAGAUAACCCUUCCUCGUGCAUUCGAACUAAAGUGAAUUGCAACCCUCGACCUAAAAGUAGUGAUGUGUACGCCAUUUUCGAUAAAAGCGACCUUAUUAAAAAAUUUGCAGGAUCCAGAAGCUUUCAGUGCUUCUCGCGGGGCAGUGGUGGUCUUGUGUCCUCACCGAGUGGUGGCAUAGCCAUUGUCCACCCAACUAUACACAAAAACAAGGAUGAAGACUGUGCCGUUCAAGAAGAGAUUUUCGAAAAAAUGAAAGCCAAACCUCAGUCUGGGCCUAGACCUCUUUCGCUAGGUCAGCACCCAGUUGUGCAUUGCUUGCCGAUUUUUGCACACAACAUUCCAAAGGCAGAACAAGAGAAGCGACAGCAGCAGAGAUACAACGAGUUUCAGGGCAGGCUGGAGAAGAAAGAUAAAAAUCACAGCGGCGGCGACCUUAAAAGGGUGUCACGAAUAAGACAUGCGGUGACGUCCGUUUACAAUAAGUCGUUCCAGGCUGUGACGCCUACGGAGCAGCUGUCCCCAGCGAGUCGCCCUAAAAACUUGAACAACGAGAUAAAACAAACUGCAAGAAAAAGCACUUUUGAAGAAGUUCAGACACACCGCACCACCAUCACACAGGAAAGGUUUGGCCAAUCUUUACCUGGGAGCCCAAAGUUAACUCGAUCUGUAUCAUGUUUACCCCAAGGGUCCAGUCCCAAUAGUCCUCAAUUGCAGCGUCCGUCAGUUAAAGCCAUUUAUUCCAAAAUCGAUGGAUCCACGCCAAGCACCUUUGGGAAAACUCCAGGGUCAGUCAGAGUUCAACAGCCAAGUCCGCACCAUUAUUAUCACAGUAUCGAGAGUGACCUUGAUUCAGAAGUGGCUAACGAAGGCCCCGGAACUCGGAGUAUGACGCCUGACAUCGACUGGUCUUAUCUUAAUUUAGUUGGAAAUGACAGAGAGCUGGCUCUUCCUUCGGGCAAGUGGAGAAAUUCGGACAAAACUAGUCACGUGAUAAAUCAAUCAGACAAUGAUGGCUAUGAAAUUCCCGUAGCUUCAAAGCCUCACCUGGUCGGUCAGCGGACAUUUCAGAUGCUGCAGACUAGCCCUGAUGUCUUGGCUCAACUUCCUAUGUUCCAAUUUCAGAACUCAAAGACAGAAGUGGAACGCAGUAGCGAAGAGCUGUCAGACGACCAAGUCAGCUUCGACAUAGUUCUGAGGAGCAGCUUGCUACAGCACAUCUUCUGUUCGGAGCUAAGUGACGGAGAAGAAGGAUUUUACUGCGGCUGCUAUGAAGCGGUCGUCGACUCAGUCUUGGAAAACCUCGCUGGAUACGAGACGCUUGAGGAGGCUUGCAAAGAUUUCGAAAAUGAAGCGAUAGCGUAUGAAUCCUACGUCAGUUUCGAUGACGAGUUUGAGGAAGACGACUGGGACAUGGGUUUGAGACCAGAGGACAAUGAAGAUUUCGACACCAAUUUGCCUUUAUUUCAUUCACAAAAUAUGUUUGAUUACGGUGAGUUCGCCAUUCUAGAUGAAAUCAACAAAAACAUUUCCGGUGGUGGCGCUUGUCAAAAUGAAAAAAAAAGCGACGCCCCAUUUUACUUUUAUUUGGAAGAAAGUGUGGAUAACAAUAUCAAAGCACCACCCUUUAAGAGAACUUCCGUCCCUCAAGAAGAUCUUUAUGACGAAAUGGAGCUCCCAAGCACUUCUGGUAAUUCCUUCACAGAUGACGACUGCUGCGCUAUUAAACCUCAGGUGCCUGAUUGUCACACAAAUUUUAUUUUGUGGCCCAAGUCGUUUGCCUCGGCUCCCGAGACGACAAACGAGAAAGAGAGUCUUUCUCAUGUAAUGACUGAGAGUCAGCUAACGUCUUCAGACGAUGCCUCCUGCCAGGCAGUGGGCAGUGGAUCUCCUAUGUCUUUUAGUUCACCGGAAGCUGCCUUUACUUCACCGGACACUGACCGGUUUGUUACUUCCUCUGAAGGUGAUGACCUCCUGACCUCGCAAGAAGAGGGCUACUUUCGUACCGGUGACCAAAUUCACAGCCCCCGAGACGACAACGCCAUAUCAAACUGUCAGCAAGCGAAAAUACGGCCUCAUGGAUUCCUCCAGUCCUUGUAUAUCUUCUGUCAAAAACGCGAGGACGAAGCGAGCCGAGAUUAUGAAAAGUCGAGGCUGAAAGAGAAUGCACAGGACAGCGCUGUUCAGAAGAUAGACAACAGUCGAGACAACGUUUCUGACACUGGCAGCUACACUGAGGACCUUGGCAGCUACAACCGUAACGUGAACACCUGGACAGCCUACACCAUGGUGCACAUGCAGGCUGAUGAUGUCUCGGACUGCGCUUCUGACAUUUUAAAUGACAAUAACGUGACAUCCUCUAUGACAGCUUCUUAUAUAGACGCUGACAACAUUGGAUCAGCAGCCGUUGUGGGAAGUAACCAGGCUGUGUCGUUUUAAGUAAACGUUUUUUUUUGUUUUUUUUUUUUCAUUGUAUUCGGUAUGAGUACAUUGUGUCUCUUAAUUGUUAGUUUCUGAGAUAUGUGACCAAAGCAAAUGUAUUAUUUAAGGUUUUCUAAAUUAGAAUAUUGUAGCCUACAAAUAUGUAAUUCUUAUCAAUUAUAAGUAAAUACUCUUUAGAAAAUAUUAUAGGUUUUUAUAUUAUAAUCGAAUAAAUCGACUACAUUUCUCACCUAAAAUGAUAAAUCCUAAAUUAUAUUUUAGACAAAGAGUUCAAAAUAAAUCCCAAUGGGUAGCAGACUUAGUGUUGAAUGUUUUUGUGACCCGGAUGUUAUUUAAUUGUUCAAAGAAAUCUAUUGGGACAACUCAAUUUACGAAAACAUUUUUUCCCCUUUUCUGUUCAUGUGUGUGUGUAGGAGUGUAUGAUUUCAACAAAGUCACGUGAUAUUGUUUUAAUGUCAAUUUCUCUAACGUUGAGAUUUAUAUUUGUUAUUAUAAUUAUAACUAUAGUCUCAAGGCAACUAGUAUAUGUAUAAGUUAAUCACAGCAUUCGCUACUUGAUCUGGGCAGCUACAAGCAUGGUUUCAUAUUCAUCCGCCAAAACAACGUCACAAUUCGGAGAUUUUCAAGAUAUACUACAAUAUGUCAAUUACGCUAAAGUGAACUUCAAAAUUUCCAACCAAAGAAAAGUUACAAAAGAAAAGAGCUUAAAAAAUAUUGAUUAUGCAGCACUUAAUAUGGGCGUCGGCGUCACUUAAUUCUAAAACACUUUCUUUAUUUUGUGCACCGGAUACACCAAAACACAUUGCUAUUUAUAGACCUUCCGCCAUAUCUGAAAUUCUCCAAUAGCGCCCGCCAUGUCAAUUCCUUUCGAGCCACAUACUCUACAAAGCUUCACUGAUGUCUAGAUUACGAAAUAAUUAACCAACAGUUUGUUUUUAUAUAUUCAGUCGAUGAAAUUGAGACAUUAGAGUGUUCCAGAAAUGUUUACAUAUUCACCCUGUGACAAUUUUAUUAUUAUAUGUUUAUUGUUGAAUCAAUACAACUGGCUGUAACGAAAAUGGAGCAGUUUAUAUAAAUAUGUAUGUUAAAUAACGAAAUAUUUCCUUCAUUUCUACAAACAGAAUUUAGAAGUCUGAGUACCAAAUGUUGUAAAUUAUAUUUGCUCACUCAAGGAUUCAAUGGUUAAUUUUAAUAUCACACCAGUUAGAAUUUUCUUUUGCCCUCCAAAUUAGAAUAGCAUCAAGAACAAUUCAAAUACAAGAUUUUCUAAUUUUAAAGCUUAUAUAUAUAUAGCUUCAGCCAUCAGUUUAUAACUCCCUCCUUAUGUAGUGACGGACAUUAAACAUUGGCAUAUCGAGGUUUGACUAUUUUGAUCUAUUAGGCCUACUUUGUAAAUGGAUCGGUUUUAUGUCAAUUGUUAUUGUAUAUGAUGACUUAAAACUAAAUGUAUGUCGCCUUCAACAACUUUCUAAAAGUGAGUCUGCCCAUGUGAAUGACAAUUCACGUGUAACUUUUUCCAACUUAACUAUUUGACGAAUUCUUUUAUUUCCAGCUCAUCAACCCAUUUUUUUUGUCGAUGACAUCAAAGGUCAUCAGACGUUUUCAACUGCAAGAUUUUAAAUUGCAAAUUAAAUUGAGGAAUUAACUGAUCAUUGAAUGAUUGGCACUUCAAAGUGUGUGUUCGUGUUGAUUCUGAUGUCAGAAUCGGAGGAUUUUAUUGCCAUGUCAUUGUCAUUUACAUUUCAAACAAAUAAACAAGAAUUUUGGAUAAAAUUA